ACUACCUCUAGAUCCAGGAUGAGUGAAGUUAAUAUUAAACCCAAUUCUACCAAAUCUGCUUUGGAGGAAAUUUAUUUGGACACGAGCAUGAAUGAACUGGCCAUUAAACUCACUCGGGAUGAAAAUCUGGAUGAUCCUUUUUUCGUUGCUGAGUUGAAUGAAAUAGCAUCACGGCUUGCUCUAUGGCGCCACCUACUUCCAGAUGUUCAGCCAUUUUUUGCCAUGAAGGUUUGCGAUGCUGACAUCGUUCGACGGUUUUUGGCAGCGAUGGGAAUAGGAUUUGACUGUGCUAGCAAGGUCAGCUGA